AUGAUUCCUCCGACAGAAACCAAUCCCAUCGAAGAAACUCAGCUUUCUUGCGUGUCUGUUGCUAGCAUGCUCCAAUUUCAUGUCUCCGACAAGUGCCUUCCAGAUGCCUCCUCGAUUGGUAGUGACACCCUCACGAACCAGACAACAGUAUCUGCCAUUGACUCCACGCCACAUUGGACGUGGUCGCAGCACUUGAUUUUUGCCAAUUUCUUCAUGUUUGUUUAUCAAACCGUCAGCACAGUGCAACUCAUCGUGCAGCGCAAUCCACGGUAUUGGCCGCGUCACGCCUUUUCCAUCAUUACGGAUACCCUGCUGGGAUCCACCAAUGUCCGAGGUCCACUGACCACCAGUUUUGUCCACAUUAACUAUCUUUCCAAUCGAGAACCGUUUCGAUUCUUGACCGCUGGCUUUCUCCAUGGCGAUAUCCUUCACCUACUUCUCAAUCUGUACGCCUUGCGACAAUUACCCUCGUGGGUGGAAUCUGGAUUGGGCACGUCGCUCUUUGUCACGACCUUUUUGGUAGCCAUUGUCACGGGAAAUAUUGGUCAUUCCAUUGUCAUGGCAUCGUCGCCGGCUCGCACAUUUUGUCUGGGAGCCAGUGGAGGUAUCUGUGGCCUCUACGGCUUGAUGUAUGUGGCAUUGACCAAAAUGGGACAAUCCCAAGGAGCCAGUCGGAUCUCUGCAAACUAUCAAAAAGACUAUCAAAUGCGACGCAAAAAUAGUCUGCAAGCCGACAUGUUCCCUCAGUCGUACCGGCAAGUCAUGGGAUUUGGAAUGGCUCCUUCCAAGAGUGGAUUUUUGCCAGUGCAGGCCAUUUGGGUAGCCGUGGGGAUUCUCUUGCUCUCUGAACCACGAUAUCAAUCCAUGCCUGGCAACAUUGUCCGAGGUCUGCUCCAUCCUGGGUCACUGUCGCGGUUUUGA